AUUGUUGACCAGCGUGAUGACGCCGAGGGCCCGCCCCCAACUUUCUCUGUCUCUCCUUCACUCCCCCCCACCUCCUCCGGUGACGUUCCGGUUGCCAUGGCGGGGUGACGCAAAAGCCACGGAACGUACGUGCGCACGCGCGUCGGGCGACAGUUUUUUUUUAAACAUAAAUCCCAACCGAACCGAAAUUCACCUGGGCACCGACAAUGACGCGGAUUCUUCCCUUUUGAGCCGCAGACUGCUCCCGACCGCCUUUUAAGAUGCCCCGCGACCAGCUGCGCCAAUGUAUCUGAAGAAAUCUCGGGGCACCUCGAUAAACGGCAUCGGAAAACUCGACAAUGAAUCAAAGAAAAAGAAAAAGGCUGCAGAAAUCUUGCAGGCCUUGAACAGCUCUCCAGUAGAUGUGGCUGCACUGCGGAGAAUGGCAAUCAGUGAAGGUGGUCUCCUGACAGAUGAAAUCCGCUGCAAAGUGUGGCCAAAACUCCUUAACGUAAGCACGUGUGAUCUACGCCCUAAACCAGGACCAGAACUCCGAGAGAAAAACAAAGACUUUCAACAGGUGCGACUGGAUGUGCAGCGAUCGUUACGGCGCUUUCCACCUGGAAUGCCGGACGCAGAGCGUGAGGCGCUUCAAGAAGAGUUGAUUGACAGCAUCUUGGAGGUACUGAAGAAAAAUCCCCAGCUGCACUAUUACCAGGGUUACCAUGACAUCGUGGUCACCUUCCUUCUGGUUGUUGGUGAGAGAAUGGCAACAGCCCUGGUGGAGAAACUGUCCACACAUCACCUCAGGGAUUUUAUGGACCCAACCAUGGACAAUACAAAACACAUUUUAAAUUACCUUAUGCCAAUAAUAGAGAAAGUGAACCCGGAAGUACAUGACUUCAUGCAAAAAGCUGAAGUUGGGACAAUUUUCGCCUUGAGCUGGCUAAUAACAUGGUUUGGUCACGUGCUUUCAGAUUUCCGGCAUGUAGUUCGGUUAUAUGACUUCUUCCUGGCAUGCCAUCCAUUAAUGCCAAUCUAUUUUGCAGCAGUGAUCGUAUUGUACCGAGGUAAUGAAGUCCUGGAGAGUGAAUGUGACAUGGCUGCUGUCCACCAUCUGCUAUCGCAGAUUCCACAGGACCUGCCAUAUGAGACUCUGAUCAGCCGUGCUGGUGACCUCUUUGUUCAGUUUCCUCCAUCUGAACUUUCCAGAGAAGUUGCCCAAAAAGAAAGCACUGCUGUCUCGACCUUCAAAGACUUUGAACUGGUGUCAGCUCAGCAGCACCCUGACACAGUGCUCCGGAGACGGUUUAAAGACCAAGUGCAGCAGGCACCCAGAGCGAGUACAGAUGUAGCAAUAAGGCGGACCAGGAGACUGAUAAAACUGGCAGUGAUGGGUCUAACUGUAGCACUGGGAGCGGCGGCCUAUGCAGUGGUCAAUAGCGCAUUGGAAUGGGCACCAAAGUUUGAACUUCAACUUUUCCCGUGAAAACUGAAGUCAUUUUUAGCCACUUUAUAAAACCCCGAUCGCGUGCUAUGAGAGAGGGGCAUGAUUUUCGUUCACUGUCAUUGCCUUUUAGCUUUGAAUGCACCACUGAAAACUGGAAGCAGGUUAUUCCACACAUUCAUUUAAUGACUGGAUGGACACAGGAUUUUUUUUUGGCUGCUACUUUGCGUGAAUUGCAUCAAAGAUAAAGCUGCAAUAUAUACCACCACUUUUAUUUUUGAAACAAAGUAUUGGGCUAUGACUUGUUUAAAAAAUCUACUGCCUCAACAUGAUCGAUGUGAAGUUAUGCCACUGAAUUCUUAUACGGCACGUCACUAAUCUUGUUUACGUUACUGAAGAAAGGCGAUUCUGCAAUAACGGAUGUGUGAUGAUGUGAGGUCAUAUUCUAGCAGGCAUAGUAUUGUGCUACCUAGGGCAGUUUUAUGGAAGAAUUAACCUGUCUGCUCCCUAAAGUAAGAUGUAGAGCUUUUUAAAAAGUAUUGGGGAAAGAAUUGAAUUGGUUAUAUGCAAACACUGAGUUUUAACAGCAUGCAUAACCCAGGUAGGAGAGGAGUCUUACAUCUUUACUGGUUAAUAAAGCUGUUUCACUUGUUCCUCAACUAAAUUUUGAGACAUAGUAGAAUAGAACACUUUUGUAUGAGACGGUGACUAGAAGAGAACAGGUCCAGUGCCAUCUCAAAAACUUGUUGAACUGUGCCUUGUUUUACAUUCAUUCCCCUGAUUUAUUUAAUGAGAGCAGCAUUUUAUCAAAAUAUGUAGAGCUGAAGACAGCAGAUUUGAUUUAAUGUUUCUGCACUUUUAUAACCUCUGGCAGGCUGGCAUUAGGGGGUGUUUGGUCAAGAGACCUUCGGACAGAUUUUCAAUGGAAUAACUGAAUUGGCUGAGCUGACCUUCCUUGAGUGGCCUGCCAACAUCGACUGUUUGUAGUCAUGAAUAAAGAAUGGUCACUUUAGUUAUUAACUUGACAUUCUUCCACAGCGGGUGUCAAUACCUGGAAGGGGAAGGGUGAUGGAAAUAAAAAGGGUUUCCUUCAAUCGGUUUAAACAAUUGACUGAAGUUCCCAGUUCUUUCUGCCUUUCCAAGUGGCUGACUCUGGGGAUGACUUGCAGCAAAAGAUGCUGGUCACCUGACCACACCAUUACACAAGGAGGAUGAACGUGGACUGUCAGUGAGUCUCAUUUUCUCAGGGUAGUUAUACUUCUCAUUUUUGCAUUUCACUACCAUCCUCUAAACUGCCCUGCUUUUAACAAUGCUUAUCGGUACCAUUAUGACGAGAUACCUCAGCAGUAAUCUGUGGGAUGUUUUUCUUUUCUUUCAUUCUGCUACAAACCAAACAAUCAUUUUCAGUAAGUGCAAAAACACAUCUUUAAUUUGCUCUUCAAUGCAGAUUGUAUCACUGUAUGUCAUUGUAAGUCUAGAAUAUUAGCUCAAAAGAUUAUUUGUUACUGGUACCUGUUCAACGAAUGUGACACAGGCAAAUGGGCAACAAGCUAACUAUUUAAUAAAUACAUUUUUAAAUAUUUUAACUGUAGUAUAUUGCUGUCGGUGGCCUAUGCCCCAUUUGGGGUGAUGGGCUUAACUGAUUAUAUUAAUAUUGGCCUUAAUAUUGGUGUCAACAGGCACACUAACCUCACUAAAAGUGUUGUAACUUGUCUUGCUAUCCCUUGUAGGCCAAGUUGCUUGAGAUUUUGGCAUGAAAGAGUUGUGUUCUGAAUACGUUUUUAGCUUUGAUCAGCCAUGUACAAUUCUUUGCUUUAUUUUUUGUCAUUACAAGAUUUUACUAAUAAUUUUGUGAAGAUACCCAAUAUGCUUAACUUACAGAAAUAUUGGUGGUAAAAUGGUUUUACUAUAAUGCUUUAAUUUUCCUUUCAUGUUUUCUUCUUGCUGUUGAUGUCUCUGCAGAUAAGCAAUCUUUUUGUUAGGGCUUGAUUUCUAAUCAUGAUGCCUCCAAGAGUUGCUGCCUCAAGGAGCUCGUCAUGGCUUUUUAAAAGGGGUGAAUUCUGGUUGGAAGGAAGCUUAUUUCUCAUUCAUGGAAUAUAGACUAUGUUUACAAAACUUUUAUUUAUUGUCCAUCUCUGACCUUGUGAAAGUGGUGGUGAGCUGUUGUCAGGCAGCAUCUAUGGAAGAGAAUAAACAGUUAAUGUUUUGGGCUGAGACCCUUCGGGCCUUGCUGAGGUCCUCCAGCAUUUUGAGUGUGUUGCUCAAGAGUUCCUUCCAGCAUCUGCAGAAUCACUUUUAUUUGUUUAUUUAGAGAUACAGCACAGAACAGGCCCUUCUGGCCCAAUGAUCACAUCAUCCAGCAACCCACCUAUGUAACUCUAGCCUAAUCACAGGACAAUUUACAAUCACCACUUAACCUACCAACCAGUACGUCUUUGGGCUGUGAGAGGAAACCAGAGCAGCCAGAAGAAGCCCGCGCAUUUACAGGCAGAGAUGUGCAAACUCUUUGCAGAUGGCAGUGGAAUUGAACUCCGAUAUCUUGAGCUGUGAUAGCGUCACACCAACCACUUCACUAUCUUGGUGCCCACUUGCCUAAAUGUCAUCCACUAUAGUAGUAUUUGUAAUGGUGUUCACACAUACUGCAGCAGUUCAUGAUGGUAUCUCACCACUAGCUUCUCACUAAAUGGGGUGAGCAGUUGGUCUUGCCAGCGGAGCCCAUACUGCAUAAGUGAAAACUAAACCUGUUCCUUCCAUUCAGAAUUCAUAUCUACCAAAGAGGUGACUAGCACUUCAGGGCAGUAGCAUUGGUAACUCUGAUCUCACUUCAUACACAUGUUCUUGUUUGUGCCUGUAAGUGUUACUGACCCCUGUUAUCAGGCUUAUCUUUCAAAACUUAUUCUUGGUCCCUUCAUUUGUUACAGGUAGGAAUGGAGAUGGAAACUAAACCACUGGCUGUAUAUUUCAAUAAUACACAUUAUUUUUGUCAGUCAAAUGGUGACCUGAUGACCAAAUGUUGAUAUGCCUUGGUAUAUUACAAUGACUGGCUUGAUUGCUGGAUGUGCAGUUUUAAAACUGAGACAUUUUAAAAUUUUAUUUAGAAAUACAGCACAGAACAGGGCCUUCUGGCCAGCAACCCACCUAUUUAACCCUAGCCUAAUCAUGAGAUAAUUUAAAUUGACCUACUAACCAGUACAUCUUUGAAAUGUAGGUGGAAACCAGAGCACUCAGAGGAAACCCAUGGGCUCACAGGAAGAACGUACAAACUUCUUACAGACAGCGCUGGAAUUGAACUCCCAACUCCAAUGCUGCUACUGUGGCACCCAAUUAGAGUAGACAGUCCCUCAGUUUAAGGCUGAUGUAUAAUAACUUGCAAUACUAUUCUGAACUGGAGUAGAGUGGUUCCCAGUGUUAUGGCUAGUGUUGUUAGGAACAUCUGCUUAUCAUGCAGAGCAUUUCCCACAUUACAAUGGUGAGCGACUCCUUCAUUGAUUGUAAAGGGCUUUGGGCAUUCUAAAAGGUGCUAUGUAAAUUUGAGUCUGUAUUUUGUAAUUCAUUAAUACAGAAUUACACCACAUUAUGAAUUUUAAAACAGAAGCAGCCAUUAACAUCCCUCUUUCAUUGGGCAAUCAGUCUUGAAACUGGAUAAAAAGAUCUGUAAAAUUAGCACCUGGUAAUGUUUAAUACAGGACUCAAUCUAAUAAAGCUUUCCUAUUCAGAUAAUUUUG